CUUCGGUUCGUGAGGUUUUGGCGAAGACCCAAUUGAAGAAAAUGGAGUUGAAGAGGACCCACUAGAGUAGAUUUCAUCUCCAACCGCCCUUUUGCGAGAAACUCAGUUCAGUGAAGAUGGGAUGUAGCAGAAAUCUAAUGAUAUUUAUUAAAGUGUCCUUCAAAACCAGAAUUGGUGGAGGGAAGGAGAGAGCGAGAGCGAGAGCGAGAAAGAUAAUGGGAAUAUCAGCUUCGAAACGAGUCAGAAACUCACUUACCAACUCGCAUGAAUUUGACUCAGCCUGCAAUUCAACCUUCUCCCACUGCCUUGCCCUAACACAGCACGCAUACAACGGCGUUUUCCCCUAUCAACUCUGCACCGCCGCCGACCACCUUCACCACCUCCUCACCGUCGUCCAGCCGCAUCCACUAAUCACCAACUGGCUUCCCUCUCCCCCGACUCGUCUCCAGGUGGACUCAGCACUACGAGCCGUCAAUCGCGAUGACUCGGAUCGUGAAGACGAAGCACUAGGACUGAUCCUGUUUAACCGUUGGGCGAUUGAACUAUUCGCAGAGGCUGUGGUGAAGAACGUGGGAAAGAAAGUGAUGGUUCGAGUUCCGGUGGGAAUCGCCGGAAUCGCCGGAAUCGGCGCCGUGACUCGGUCCGGAAAGGAUGUGGUUGGAACUGUGGUUGCAGUGUACGCUCUCGGCGUUGCGACUUCGGUAUAUCUCAGUUUGUCGGGAUAGCAAUAGAAGAGCCUUCGAAGCUUCUUUGGUUUAUCUCAGUUUUGGUUUAUCACUUAAACAGCAAGCCAUUUAAUAAUAGAAUUUUCGUAUCCAAUUCGAAGCUUUUUUGAAUAGAUGACUCUUUUUUCAAUCAUGUUCA